UUAUCAGCUGUGUCCAAUCACAGCUGAUCACAUAGCAGAGCCUGUAAUCGGCUUUCUGCGGAGGGGACAUGUACACAGAUCAUCAGGGCACUGAUGAUCAGUGUGCCCUGAUGAUCAGUGUAGCCCCAGCAGUGCCAGCUGUCAGUGUCCAUCAGUGCCUCGUGCCAGUGCCCAUCAGUGCCACAUCAAUGCCACAUAUCAGUGCCUACCAGUGCACAUCAAUGCCACAUAUCAGUGCCCAUCUGAGCUGCCUUUCAGUGUCACCCAUCAGUGCCAGUCAGUGCCACCUAUCAAUGCCAAUCAGUGCCACCUAUCAG